GACGCACAUUCGAGAAUACAGUAGUACAAUCAACAAGUAUCUGAAAUUCGAAUCGCCUGAACUACAUUAGCAUUCAUAUUGCACUGAUCUUUUCCCCUAUUGAUUCUGCACCACAUGCAUAAUUACAAUUUAAACGAAUCUACUUUUUUUCUGCUUGCUCAUGUUUGAUUGCAACACUUUUACCCACGUGCUCUAAUCUUUGCCGUGUAUCUGCUUUUCUCUAACUAGAAAACUGAGAAAUCUUGACUAUCACGGAGAGAUGUCUGGGCAGAUGUUAGAAUCGGAUCAAAUUAAGCAGUUCAGAGAAUUUCUUGGUACAUACAACAAGCUAACAGAAACCUGCUUUUUGGACUGUGUGAAGGACUUCACAACUAGGGAUGUGAAACCAGAAGAGAUUAGUUGUGCAGAACAUUGCCUCCAGAAGUACCUGAAGAUGACACAACGAAUAUCGAUGCGCUUUCAGGAAUACCACAUUCAGCAGAAUGAAGCUGUGGCUGCCAAAGCUGGACUUCUUGGUCAGCCCCGAUAAAGAAACAGCUUUAGAUGGGGUUUACUUUGAACAACAGUGACUGCCACACUGGUGGAAGAAAAGUUGCUGAGGCUUACUGGUAGGACUGUGGGAUCUGGACAUCACAACAGAAAAACAGUGGCCAUUGAAAGAACAGCAGCUUUACUGAUAGAGACUUCACCAGACUGGUUAUUUAGCUUAUUCCAGCUGUACACUGAGGUAAUUUUCAGAAUCUUUCUGUGUAUAUCUAGCUGCUGGAUUCAGCUUAACCGCUGAUGCUCUCAGUACAGGAGAACAAUCAUUUCUAAGUCAUGACUCUCUUGUGAGACCAUGUCAGCUGUGGGUUAAUUUGUCAUGUUAAUUGUGUGCAACUUGGACCUUUAUUUAUAUUAUUAUUUUUAAUUACCAAAAAUAAAGACAUUCUAGAGUGUUUGUAUUUGUUACAUGUGUAAUUAUUAUAUACAUCCAUAAAAUGGUAAAAAAAUAAAAUACAGUAUGUUCUGAGAGGCAUAUUUAGCUGUUUGUUUUUCAGUAUGCAAAGAAGUGGCAUUCUUGCCUUUCUGAAACUAAAUACAUGAAUAUUUUGUUUCAGUGAUAUGUACAUUUUCACUGUAGAAGAACAAGGGAAAACGCAGUAUUCUUAUCUAACACUUGAUGUAGAAUGUGAUGGCACAUUUUGCUGUAAAACAUUUGAAGUAAUUCCAAAGGGUCUAUAAAUGAACAACUAACUUAGUGUACUGACUUCAUUCCUUGAGUUUUAAAUGUAGAAUUACAUAAGUUCAUUCUGUGCACAUACACACAAAAAUGUAAAUGCAUAUAUGUAAUUAAACAGUCAGUCAGA